AAACACCAACAAACACCGCAGGGGACCUACUCAGAUGAACAUUGAAAGUGCUGGAAAGGACAAAGCCAGGAUUCCACACACCUGUGAUUGGAUGUGAGCUUGUAUUGACCUGAGACCAUUAAAAUGGAGUUGCUAUGGAAACUUGUACUGCUGCUGUCAUUGGUGGAGUGUCUGACAGGAAGCGGAGUCCUGCUGCGACCCGUGUUCACCAAACAACCCGGCAGCGUGGUGUUUCCCCUUCAACCUGGCGAGAAUCGCAGAGAGGUGGUGUUUAGCUGUGAAGCCCAGGGACAUCCACCGCCCUUCUACAGGUGGAAGCUAAAUGACUCUUUCAUCCUGCCCAGACCAGGGUCACGUUACUCUCUCAUGGGAGGAAACUUACACAUCAGCAAUCUGAAUAAAGAGGAAGAUGUUGGCAUCUAUCAGUGCCUGGCAUCCAACUCUUUUGGCACCAUCGUCAGCAGAGAGGCCAGUCUGCACAUUGCAUACUUGGAGAACUUCAAGACGCAGAGAAGAAGUCCAGUGAGAGUUCGUGAAGGUCAAGGAGUGGUCCUACUGUGUGGCCCACCACCCCACUCCGGAGAGCUUACCUUCACAUGGAUCUUCAAUGAAUACCCGUCGUUCGUCAUUCAGGACACGCGGCGAUUCGUGUCCCAGAAGACAGGCAACCUCUACAUCGCCAAAGUGGAACGCUCUGAUGUGGGCAACUACACUUGUGUAGUCACCAACACAGUCACCAAAAGCAGUGUGCAAGGACCACCAACUCCUCUAGUUCUGCGGGUUGAUGGUGUGAUGGGUGAAUAUGAGCCAAAGAUCGAAGUUCAGUUCCCUGAAGUUGUCCCCGUUGCUAAGAGCUCAACUGUCAAACUGGAAUGUUUUGCACUAGGAAACCCAGUGCCAACUAUCAGCUGGAGAAGAGUGGAUGGAGCCUCUUUUGGCAGGAAGGUGGACAUAAAUAAAGCCAGUGGAGUUUUAGAGAUUCCUUACUUCCAGCAGGAGGACGCGGGGAUAUAUGAAUGUGUGGCUGAAAACAGCAGAGGAAGAAACUUGGUUAAAGGAAAGCUGUCUUUCUACGCUGCACCUCACCUGACCGAGAAGCCUCAAGAUGUUCAAAAGACCAUUGAUGACACACUGGUGUGGGAAUGUAAAGCCAGUGCGAAGCCCAAACCUUCGUACCGUUGGUUGAAGAACGGAGAACCUCUGGACCCCAUGGAGCAGGACAGAGUUCAGGCGAAUAACGGAGUGCUGACGAUCAGUAGCUUGAAUCUGGCUGACAUCGGCAUGUACCAGUGUGUGGCAGAGAACAAGCACGGCCGAAUUUUCACCAACGCUGAGCUGCGAGUCAUAGCCAUUGCUCCAGACUUCUCCCAGAACUUGCUGAAGGCCCAAACUCUGGCCCGACAGGGUGGCGACAUUCUGAUCGAAUGCAAGCCCAGGAUGUCUCCUCGGGGCGUGAUUUCUUGGAGGAAAGGGAAGGAAGCCCUAAGAGAAAGCCACAGAGUUACUGUGUUGGAUAAUGGGAGCCUUCGGAUUUCCAAUGUUACUAAAAUGGAUGCUGGACUCUACACAUGUGUAGCAAGAAACCAGUUUGGAGUAGCAAGCAGUGCCGGCAGUCUUUUGGUUAAAGAGCCAACUGCGAUUACCAGUCCAGCAGGUCAUCUGGAUGUGACUGUCGGGGAGAGCAUCGUGCUGCCCUGCCAAGUAUCUCAUGACCCCACGCUGGACCUCAAGUUCACCUGGUUCUUCAACGAGCAGCUCAUCCACUUUGGAAUCCAUGGGGCUUAUUUUGAAAAAGUUGGUGGGCGCUCAGCUGGUGACAUCAUGAUCCGGAACAUUCAACUGAGGCAUGCUGGGAAAUAUACGUGUGCCGUUCAGACCAAGGUGGACAGUGUGUCUAUUGCCACUGAUGUGGUGGUCAGAGGUCCCCCAGGCCCCCCUGUCGACUGUCAGGUGACUGAGAUGACAGAAACCACUGCCUCGUUGUCGUGGGGACCCGGCUUGGAUAACCACAGCCCCAUUCUCAGCUACACCAUCCAGGCUAGAACGUCCUUCUCUCUCGGGUGGCAAGCCGUUACCCCUGUUCCUGAGCUGCUCGGGGGGAAGCAGCUGUCAGCCACUGUCACUGACUUGAGUCCCUGGGUGGAGUAUGAGUUCAGAGUGCUGGCAUCCAACAGCAUAGGAACAGGAGAGCCCAGCAAACCCUCCAAAAAGGCCCGCACCAAAGAAAUGCUUCCCAGGGUGACUCCAGCCAGAGUGAAUGGUGGUGGAGGUGGGCGUUCAGAGCUGGUCAUCACAUGGGAGCCUGUUCCUGAGGAGCUGCAGAGCGGUCCUGGCUUUGGCUACGUCGUGGCUUUCCGCCCACUUGGGGCUCCAGGCUGGAUGCAAGCCGCUGUCACAUCCCCGGACGCCUCUAGAUAUGUCUUCAAGAAUGAGAGCAUCCCUCCCUUCUCCCCUUACCAAGUCAAAGUUGGGGUUUACAACAACAAGGGAGAGGGCCCUUUUAGUCCAGUGACCACCAUCUACUCAGCGGAGGAAGAGCCCAGCAGAGCUCCAGGGAGGCUGAGGGCGAGGAGUAUAUCAGCGUCCGAGGUAGAGGUCACCUGGAAGCCGCUGGCCUGGAGUAACAACCGCAGACGCAUCCUGGGCUAUGAGUUGCAGUACUGGGGUGAGAAGGAAAAGCAGGACACAGCCAAUGUGAUCAGGACAGUGGGGAAUAAAACUUCAGUGCUCAUCAGGGAUCUGGAGGGCAGCAGUACCUAUUACAUUUCCCUCCGGGCCUAUAACAGCGCUGGCUUGGGACCACAGAGCAUCACGGUCAAUGUCACAACCAAGAAACCACCGCCCAGUCAAGCCCCGGUCAAAAUAAUGUGGAACACGUCCAACUCCAAGGUCAUCCUGAAGUGGGACCAAGUGCAUGCUCUGGAGAACGAGUCAGAAGUCACAGGAUAUAAGGUGAUGUACAGCCAGGACAAACACAGCCGUCCCAGUGUGGUGGAGACCAACACCACCUCCUUGGAGUUGUCGCUGCCGGUCAACCAGGACUACGUCAUCCAGAUUAAACCCUUCAGCGAGGGAGGGGAAGGCAGCAGCAGCCGCCAGAUAACCAUCCCCAAGAUAGCAGGCUCCAUAGCCAUGGGAGCAGCCCCAGAGGUCUCUGCAUUUCCCUUGGUUAACCUUGCAGCCCUAAUCCUCACAGCCAGGACAGUGCUAUGA